AUGAAUGUGUUUCCUUUAUCAAAUUCAAAAAUGUUUGAUAAAUUAUUAGAUAAGGCAACAAGUCCUCUUUUAAUUGCAACAGAUUGGCAAUCAAUUCUUCAACUAUGUGAUAUGAUAAAAACACAAGAAGUCUCACCUAAACAUGUCAUUCAAGUCAUGAAGAAAAAAUUUCGUCAUGAAAAUGCACAUAUUAUUCUCAAAUCACUUCAAUGUUUGGAAUCUAUUGUUAAGAAUUGUGGUGGAUUAGUUCAUAAAGAAAUUGCACAGAAAGAUGUUAUGGAAUUAUUUCAAGAAUUAAUAAAGAAGUCUCCAGAUCAAAUUCGUAAUAAAGUACUUGAAAUGAUUCAAUGUUGGUCUUAUGGUCUCGGUGAACAAUAUAAAAUUUUAACAGAUACAUAUGAUUUACUCAAACGUGACAAUUAUUCUUUUCCACCAUUGAAAGAAAGCGAAGCUAUGUUUGAAAAUAAGAAUAUAGCACCGGAAUGGCAUGAUAGUAAAGAAUGUUUUCGUUGUCGACAAAUAUUUACUCCAUUUAUACGUAAACAUCAUUGUCGAUCAUGUGGAAAUGCUUUUUGUGAUAAGUGUUCAUCCAAAUCUUGUCCUAUUCCAAAAUUUGACAUCAAUUAUGAUGUACGAGUUUGUGAAUUAUGUUAUGAAAAAUUAACAACUGGAAUAUCACAAAUCUCCAAACCUAUCUCAUCGUCGAAACCAAUAUCAACAAUUACUUCUAAUCAAACAAAAAUUCAAGUUAAAAUGAAUGACGAAGACGAAGAAUCUUUUCAGCGUGCAUUAGAUAUAUCACGACGUGAAGCUGAAGAAAAAGAAAAUCAAAAGAAAAUCUUAACUCAAAAAUAUGCUCUAGCAACAAAUCAAGAUGAAUAUACAAAAUUAAAUCAAACUAUUGAUCAAACAACACACGAAGAAAAAGAAAAUAUUCAAAAUGAAGUUAAGGAAACUACGUUACAAACAAAUAAUUUUAUAAACGAACAAGAAAUCGAUGAAUUUACAUCUGUUGUUAUUGAUCAUAUAAAUAAUUUUAAAUUUCGAAUGUUAAGUAAUCAACAACGAAAUCGUAAUAUAACAACUGAUACAGUUGUACAAUCUAUUUUUGUUAUGUUACAACAAGCAUAUCCUCAUCUACUUCAUACUAUCCAGUUAAUAGAUCACACAAGAACUUACUAUGAAAAUUUACAAGAUAAACUAACUCAAUUGAAAGAUGCUCGAGAAGCAUUGAAUGCUUUACGAAUGGAGCAUUAUGAAAGAAAACAACAGGAAAUAUUCGAACGUGAACGGCAACGACAAAUACAAUUAGCACAAAAACUUGAUUUUAUGAAACAAAAGAAACAAGAAUAUCUUGAAUAUCAACGACAAGUACAUCUUCAACAAUUAGCUCAACAAGAAUUUGAAAUGAGAACUUAUUCUGAUCAACAACGACAAUUAAUAUUAACACAGGAACAAUGUUUACAAAAUUCUCAUUUAUCAUCUAUGAUGUCACAUGAUUACAGCCAAAUGCCUUAUCAACAACCAUUUAAUACUUUACAUUCACAAUCAACAAUGAAUCAAUAUCCAAUUAUAACAAAUUAUCCAACACAACCACCUCAUCAUGGUUCUAUGAUAACGUGUCCAUCAAAUACACCAAAUCUGAUGGAUAGUAAUAGAGAUAAUAAUUACAUUAAUCUUGCCAGACAUAUACCAUUGACUCAUUCUACUGUAUCAUAUAUUCAACAACAAUCAGCUCCAAUGAUCAAUGAAAACAAAUCUGAUCCACAAUUGAUUAUUUUUAACUGA